CACUUCUUUUCCUUUCUUCCAUAAUACACCCCAAAAAUAUUUUCAAAACUAAUUAGUAAACAAAAGUGUGCACGAAGAGCGAAGCGACGCAUCCAAUCUCCUUUUAUAUAAGUUUUCUUUUAUAUUUAUAAAUUCGUGUCGUCUACGUCUCUCACGCUCUAAAUCUCUUCAAAAAAAAAAAAAUCAAUUCUUGUCUGAAGAAAGCAGAAUCAAUCCAUGGCUUUCAGAGGACUUAGCAAGCCAAAUGCAACAUCCGGAAUGGGUGUUGCAGAUCAGAGCAAAACCACAUAUCAUGAGCUGCAGAGGAAGAAGACUCAUCGAUACGUCGUCUUCAAGAUCGAUGAAGCCAAAAAAGAAGUGGUGGUUGAGAAAACCGGGAAUCCUGCAGAGAGCUACGACGAUUUCUUAGCUUCUCUCCCCGACAAUGACUGCAGAUACGCUGUUUAUGACUUUGAUUUCGUUACAUCUGAGAAUUGCCAAAAGAGCAAAAUCUUCUUCGUCGCUUGGUCUCCUUCGACAUCUAGAAUAAGGGCAAAGAUGCUUUACGCGACUUCAAAAGACAGGUUUAGGAGGGAGCUUCAAGGGAUUCACUAUGAGAUUCAAGCUACUGAUCCUACAGAGGUUGAUCUUGAAGUCCUACGCGAACGAGCAAACUGAGAGGAAAAAAGUUGUCCCUACCUGGAAACUUAUGGUAAAUGUAAUGAAUAAUCAAUCAUUUCGGUGACAUUGGAUUUUUCGUAUUCUCGUUGAUGGAUUUGUGUAAACACAGUUUCAUGUUUCAUGACAACUGUAUAAAUCUCAGUUGAUGUUUCAGAUUGCACAUCUAAAAAGUCAAAACCUCAGGCUUAACUUAAACUGCAAAA